CUCCGACGGUAGAAGCUAGGACCACCCUUCGGCCUCGAUAGCUCUUCAACCCCUUCCAGGUGGUCGCGUUGGACCUCUCCUCCCGCUCGACUGCUCCGGGGACCGAUCUCUCGAACGAGACCCGUGGAUAGAACGAGAACGCAACGGCAAGUGGGAGAAGCGCGUUCGUAUCAAUCUCUCUCUCUCCCCUUUCCACCCCUUCCGAACCGGGUUCCAGCUCCCCUUCGGAACGAGCCCCACUCCGUUCUCGCGACCCCCUCCCGGCGCUAUAAUGAAAGAUAUUAACUACAAUUUUAUAUCGAAUUACCGCUGAAACACAUUUCAAAUUAGUUGGGCGUAGCCGCGGCACGUAGCGAAGGCGCCGAGGUUGCCGUGAGUCGGAUUGGUCAACUGGUUAGCGCCGCUGGUAACGAUUGGUUCGAACGAACACGAAGAAGGGAAACCUCAGGGCGUGCCAGAACACCGAUAUGGCCGCCCAGGAACGAGCGGAGGCGCCUGGUCCGCUCAGUGCGAGCAGAUCAGUCGAGGCAAACCGAUGCAGGCGCACGCCUCGUCUCAGAGUACGCUCACGAAGCCCCGACGAGACGCAACAUUCGCCUCUGGGGAUCGACGCGCGACCGAUAUCGAUUUCGAAAUUUCCCGCGCGACACGAUCGAUCGUAACGAUUGGCUGAACGCGGAUCGAAGAGGAUCGACGCCGGGUUUUUUUUUAAGUGUCGCGUACCAGAGAUCGUUGAACGGAGAAGAUUGAAAAGGACACAGUGAAUCGAGUUCUUUUUUGUAUCGAGAAUUUCAUGUUGAAGGAGAGACAGAAGAAAACCGGUGAUAGUGCGAGCAGUGAUCGAACAAUCAAGUGUCUGAUCUCGGGCCAACUCGGUUUGAGUUGCUCGUUAGUAGAGCGGUUAACGCGACGUGUAGCUGGCGUGACAGCGGCUAUUUAACGGUGCAACGUGCGCCGCAGUGGUUCUUGGAUCACGCAGCGGAUUCGCGGAAAAGCGAGAGGGAUCGUCGAGAGAAAAAGAAUCUAAUUAAUAAUUAAAGAAAAGAUAGAAAAAGGAAAGCGGAAAUGGCCGGCGAUCUGGCUGUUACGCGAGGCAAUUAUGUUAAGUGGCCAAUUAGCAAUUAACCAAGGAGACCAACGGAGCGGCCCCUUAAUUGCGGGGAAGAGGAAGAAGAGGAAGAAGAAGAAGGUGGAGGCGGAGGUGGAGCGACCGAGUGAACGGGAGGAAGCGCAAGGUGCAUCGCAACCAUCUCACGCGCCAUUUACUCUCGAUUCUCGCUUCGAAAUCGAACGAUCAUCUCCUAUGCUUCCUAGUCGUAAACCUGUUAGAAUGCAAACGGUGUCGGACUUGUGGUAAUGUUCGUAAUAGACUUGGCGAUACGCUGGAUAGAACGAGAACUGUGCUCGGCUAGAUAAAACGGAUACAGUGAAGUGCGAGGACUUCUGAUCGAAAGGCGACGCCGUCAUCGUCGGCAAGAUUCUGUCUCCCAGGUACCGAGCGAGUCCUGGGGUGGCGACAGAGGCACCUGCAGGUGCCCGGAGCCCGAAGGAACCACCUACGUGUACCGUGAUGACGGUCCAUCAUCAUCAGAACCACCACGUGGCGGCACGGAGCGGCGUCACCGUGGCCAAUAACGGUCUAAACCUUAGCAGGAUGUCUGGCCUCGAGGCGCACCGGUUGGAGAACAUUGUCGAGAGGAACGGAAUCGGUAUGGAACGUUUGUCGAACGGGUUGGACGCGAGGAACAACAAUCACGCCGGGAACAACGGUCUCGAACGCGGCGACGCGUCGACGACGAUGCCUCAGCGAUCCCGGUUCAUGAUCACCGAUAUUUUGGGUGGCGCGUCGAGCAAGAUGGGACUGCAGACCCAAGAGCCGCCCGGGAGUCCACCCUCGACACCUAGAGACCUGAGCGUCAGGCACCAGUCGAGGACAUCCUUGAACAACAGCAACCUCGACGAGGAUAGCGACGCGAGCCAUCACGACGGUGCUUCCGUUACUUCGAAUGGCGGCAAGGAGGACGACCCGAAGGGUUCGUCGUCGAACGCGCUCAGCUCGGCGCAGAGCAAGAAGCAACGAAAGGCGCGCACGGCUUUCACGGAUCAUCAGUUACAGACGCUCGAGAAGAGUUUCGAGCGGCAAAAGUAUCUGAGCGUGCAGGAUAGGAUGGAGUUAGCAGCGAAGCUACAACUGACCGACACCCAAGUCAAGACGUGGUACCAGAACAGAAGGACGAAAUGGAAGAGGCAGACGUUGACCGGAUUUGAAAUGAUGGCGGAGAACAAUUUCGCGGUGGCCGCGUUCCAGCAGCUUUACGGAAGCGGCGCGGCGGCUGUUCCCGCGCACCCCGCGGCGGCAGGACGCUACUGGCCGUACCCGAGCGCACACGCGCUGCCGAACGGUCUGUUCUAUCAGCAAGCGUCGGCAGCUGCUGUCACCUUGCAGAAGCCGCUUCCCUACAGACUGUACCCGCCCACGAUGAUCCUAGCCGGACCUAGCAACCCUCUCGGAUCUUUAACGGCGAGCUCUAGUCUCUCGAAUCUGAGCAACUAUUAUAGAGACAGUCCGGAGACGAUGGCUGACAGAGACAGGGAGAACUUGGAGAGAUCGUCCAGGCAGCGGGAGAGAAGCAAAAGUCCUGUGAUGAAAGAGGAAAGACUGUACGCGACCACGAUGGUUCAACCGGGUUCCAGCAACACUCUUGGGACGUUAACUGCUAGUUCAAGUUUGUCGAAUCUGAGCAAUUAUUAUAGAGAUAGUCCGGAAGUGGCAGAUCGAGACAGAGGGUCCAGGCAGAGGGAUAGAAGCAGGAGUCCCACUUUAAGGGAGAGAUCUCCGAUGUGCAAGGAUGACAGGCUCUAUCCUCCGACGAUGCUCCAGGCUGGACCUAGCAACACCAUCGGAUCGCUCAACUCGGGCAUGUCGAAUCUAGGCAGCUACUAUAGAGACAGUCCGGAUAUGAUCGAAGGCAGAGACAGGGAGAGGGCGACGAGACAGAGGGACAGGAGCACUAGUCGCUCACCGAAGAGGGAGGACAGUCCGCAGAGUAUAAGAGCGGAUAGCGACGAAGAGAGUAUACAUGAUAUCUAGGAUUUGGAGGCUGAAACGAAAAAAUUAUCGAACCGUGUCGAGUUUGAUCGCGAGGAUCGAUCAAACGGUUCGUUCCGUGAGGAUUAUGAUUAAUUGAACGUUGACGCGUUUGAGGAAUAUCAACUUCCAGUGAGUGGCAAUGAAGAGAUAGAUGAUCCUUCAUAGAGCAGCUAGAAAACGGAAAAUCGAACGUCUAUUGGCACAAUGAGGAACAUUGAAUAGUUGGUGGGCGAAGAACGAAUAUUAUAGCUAUUGACUAUGGACAGGGAUGUAUCUGAUUUUUGGUCGAUCGAUAUUUACUAGAAUUCACGUCAGUGGACAUUGCGUAAACGGUGGAUUUGGACGUGAGGUACACAGGAAGUGACAUGGCACGGGACGUCCGGGAUUCCCUAGAUAAUGAGGACGGAGGAAGUAUUAUGUGGUUAACCAAAGUUUCGCGAUUUGAACAUUUAACUCGACGGUGAAACAGUAUUCAUACUCGAUGUAAACUCAUAGUCGACGGAUUUAUCGUAACGCUCGCACGGAUCGUGAAUCUCACCGGCGAAACGGUAAAAGCCUGUCGUUGAACGACGCGAGGCUGCUUUCCUCGGUGUAAAUAAAGAAAAAAAAGAAACACUAUUCACCUGUCUGGGAAGGGGUAAGGGAUAAAGAAUAGGUUCGAGACUAGACCUACCAUCGGGAGCGGCUGGAGUCGCGCCAGGAAACGGGCCGAUCGCGCGCACGAACGCGAAUCUACAAUUAAUAUGACAUUAGGGGGAGCCUGCCUGCGGGGGCAGAAAUCCGAAAUGACACGAAAUUACACCCGGUGGCUGAAUAAAAAGAGGAACAGGACUGUUCGAAUGACCCGUGAAACUGGCACUUUGCCGUUCGAGGGGAAUCGGUGAAUUGACAUCGACGCGACUCCUCGUGAACGACAUGGGACGGGAAUGGAUCCCGUUUGUAAAUACUGCUAGUUUAAUUCGCCGUGAACGCGACGUCGGUAUAAUUUUCGCGCGGCCGGCGGAACAACAGUUGUAAAUAGCCGUCUACGUUUUGAGGACGAAGUCGUAUCGUAAGUCGUCGAAUAGGCCGGUUGGACGAGUCGAGAAUCCGCGGGUAUUUCUAGAGCGUAAAUCGAAGCCAACCGUGAUAACAAGAUAUUCCGAAGUAUUUUUCAGAUUCCAGUAUACGUAGAAGAACGCGGUGGACGUGUUCGACCCGUCAGACCGUUGCGAUAUUCAUUAUCAGAAACAUUUCAAUGCUUUGCCCGAGUUAAGUCGCGCUUUCACGUUGCCAACUCUAAUUCCUUGCUAUUUUUAAUAACAAUUAAUUAGUCAUGUGUUUAUACAAGAGAAUUAAUAUUAUUUCCAAUGAGGAAUUAUAAUUACUUUGGAUGUAAAAUUAUUAAAUAGCGUUCUUAGCACUCAGGUUAUUCAGCAUUGGAAAAAGGGGCUUAACCCCUUCCGGUAAAAUGACGAGUUUAGCUCGUCAUUAGGUUUAUUAUUAAAUCGUACCGGAAGGGGUUAACUUAGGAUUUUUUUUAAACGAAAAAAGUAUCGGAUUUGACAUUGGGGACACGUCACGCGCUCGCCGAAGAAAUACCAGUAUUAUGAAUGUAUAAAAUUAGGUUGAAACCAGGUGUGUACGAAGUAAGGCGAACACUUUUGGUCCCACGGUACGUAUCGUGCGACUCAGUUUCAAGAAAAUACAGCAAGAGGUACUUAGUAUAAAACCAUGCUUUGUAAAAUAAUGUCUGUAUAGCGAGAAUUAUUAUAUGGAAAAUACAUUAUACUAAAUUUAA